CCCAUGUUGAAAUUUGUAUACCUAACACCAUUAUUGUUUUUGUUUCAUUGUUCGAAUUGAGAAGAGAAGAAAAAACCGCUAAGAACGUAAACCAGCUCAUUUUUUCUGUUUCUUUCAAAUUUCAAGCUUCCAUUUUUUUCAUCCAAGAAAUCUUCUUCCAACGUCGAACCAUCGCUUCUCUCUCCCCUCUUCUUUCGCCCUUUUCUCAGAUCAGAAAAACCUAAUUAUUUCAAAAUUUUGUGUAUUAAUUAUUGGAAAAUCCUAAGGUUGUUUGAAAAUCAAUGAAAAUCUAGAGGACAAGAGGAGAAUUACCUCCUCUUAAUCGGUGUCCAAGAUCAAAUGAAGGUAAUAAUCACUCUACUUGUUGCCGAUUGGUAUGGGAACAAUCCUUGUGUAUAUGUGUGCAAUUGAUCUUGGCCAUGGAAAACUGAGCUAUUAACACAAAGGAAAAGGUUUUGUAUGAUGAUGUUUUUGAGGAGAUCCACCCAAGCCGAGUUGGAUGCGUUUUAUCCGAUUAGACCAGAGUGCCAAGACAGUGUCCCGAAGCCACGUUUCAAGCUUAGGACAGGGAAAACUCUUAGCGCGAGGAGAUGGCAUGCUUCCUUUUCUGAAGAGGGUCAGCUGGACAUUGCAAAAGUAUUAAAACGGAUUCAACGUGGGGGUGUUCACCCCUCUAUUCGAGGUGCUGUCUGGGAAUUUUUGCUGGGCUGUUAUGAUCCCAAUAGUACUUUUGAUGACCGAAGUCUAAUCAGGCAACGCCGCAGAGAGCAAUAUGAUGAAUGGAAAGCAGCGUGUCAGAAAAUGGUACCUGUUAUUGGUAGCGGUAAGUUUCUGACAACACCUAUUGUAACUGAUGAUGGACAACCUAUAGAUGGUGAUGCGGGUAUAGUGGCUGAUGAAAAUGGGAACAAUGAUCCUGCUUUUGAGAAGAAAGUGAUACAAUGGAAGCAGGUUUUGCCUCAAAUUGGUUUGGAUGUUGUACGAACAGAUCAGCCGCUUGUUUUCUAUCAGACUGAAAGUAACCAGGCAAAACUUUGGAAUAUUCUUUCAAUAUACGCUUGGGUGGACAGUGACAUUAGUUAUGUUCAAGGGAUGAAUGAUAUUUGUUCUCCCAUGGUGAUUCUUCUUGAAAAUGAAGCAGAUGCAUACUGGUGCUUUGCGCGUGCAAUGCGUAGAUUGAGGGAUAAUUUUAAGACCACUUCCACUUCAAUUGGAGUUCAAGCUCGACUGAGUACACUUUCAGCAAUAAUCAAAGUCGUUGAUCCUAAACUACAUGAACACCUUGAGGAACUAGAUGGAGGGGAAUAUCUGUUUGCAUUUCGUAUGCUGAUGGUGCUUUUCAGAAGAGAGUUCUCGUUCAUGGAUGCAUUGUAUCUUUGGGAGUUGAUGUGGGCCAUGGAGUACAACCCAAACACUUUCUUGUUAUAUGAAACCAGUGCUGCAGCGGAAACCACGGCUAAUGUGAGCGAAAAACUGCUAAAGCAGUAUGGGAAAUUCGAAAGGAACAAUGUCAGAACAGGCUGCAAGGAUUAUCAAAGUGCAUUAGCCGUAUUUCUUGCGGCAAGCAUCCUUGAGAACAAGCAUAAACGAAUAUUAAAGGAAGCAAAAGGUCUUGAUGAUGUUGUGGAGAUUCUGGGGGAUGUAACAGGGAAUUUAGACGCAAAAAAAGCGUGUAAAGAGGCCUUGAAUAUCCAGAAAAAGUUUCUUAAAAAGGAACACCAAGGAACAUAUGCAUUGCGACCCAAAUUUCCCGCAUGGCCCUGCUUGUAGAAAGAGAGUUUUCAAUUUUGUGCUGGUUUGAAAGGAGAAAGAAUGAACAGAAACACAGGGAUUCGAUUGUAUGUAACACCAUUGCCGAUCCCUUUUGCUGAUGGAGUUGAGUCGGAAGAGGGGGUGUGUGAGACAGGCUGAAUGUAGCCUCAUGUGUUAUUCUUUUUUAUUGUGAGAAAGUGUCUUGUAACAAUUUAAGGAUGUUCAGAAAAAAUGAAAAGUGAGGACUUUUUUUUGGAUUCCUGUGUUCUUUUUUCUACUAUCAAUUCUUGCUUUUCCAUUUUGAAUAAUACUGAGUUUCCUCUAUGUAACUAUAAAAAGAUGUUCCUUUUGAAAGACUUAUUAAUUCCAUUCUUGUCUUUCCCUCU